AUGCACCGAUACAAAAGUCAAGCGAGAUUACACGUUGGACGAACAGUUUCCGGCAACGCAGAUACUAUCAACGGAGGCGCCAUCCUGCCUCUUUAUCAACCAGACGGUAGCAACGAGAAAGCUGGCGGAUUGAACGACAACGAUGUCGGGCCCGGGUCACCGUCGGGAUCCGCAGCCUUUGCCCACAGCGGCGACAGCCAUGGACAUGGAGUUCUUGCUGGAGGAGGAAGUGGUGGAGGUGUGCCUGAGGUGUCCAAGGUCCAGAGCCCUGCAGGUGUCGCAUCGGAGUCCGCACAGCCACCACUACUCGAGCAGAAUACCGAAGCUGCGCGCGAUGGAGAUACCGCCAUAACGCCUACCGAGGGCGAGAAGCCCGUGAAAGGAUCCCUUCCAUCCCGUGCCUGGGCCGGUUCCAAGCGUUUUGGCAAACAUACCAAGCGCGCCAUUUCUCGAAGCUGGAUCAACGUCUUGCUCCUUUUCGUACCCAUUGGCAUCAUCGCUGAAGCUGUGGGCUUGAAUGACUCCAUCAUUUUCGCCAUGAACGCUGUUGCUAUCGUGCCUUUAGCUGGCUUGCUCGCCUACGCGACCGAGUCAGUGGCUGCACGUAUGGGAGACACUCUUGGCGCCUUGCUAAAUGUAUCUUUCGGCAAUGCUGUGGAGCUGAUCAUCUUUAUCAUCGCCCUGGUAAAAGGCGAGAUUAGCAUUGUGCGCGCCUCCUUGCUCGGCUCGAUCUUGGCCAAUCUACUGCUCAUCCUCGGCAUGGCAUUCCUUUUUGGCGGAUUGCGCUACCGUGAGCAGAUAUACAACAGCACCGUCACCCAGAUGAGCGCCUGUCUGCUCAGUCUGAGUGUCAUGAGUCUGUUACUGCCAACGGCUUUCCACGCCUCUUUCAACGAGGCAAGCGCUGCUGCUGCGGACAAGGCAGUCCUGCAAGUCAGCCGUGGCACGAGUGUCAUUCUGCUUUUGGUUUACGUCCUAUACUUGUUGUUCCAGCUCAAGACACAUGCAUAUAUGUAUGAGAGUACCCCACAAGCCAUCAUUGAUGAGGAGUCUCACCCUGGUGUACUUCACGACAUCAUGAACUCGUCCUCUUCUUCCUCGGACACGAGCUCGUCUGACAGCACGGACUCUGACACAUCUGGCUCGAUCAUGACCCACGGCAAGCGAUUGAGGAAGAAGAUGUUCAAGAACCGCCGCCGUCGCAAGUCGAACGCAAGUGUCAGUAGCACAACGGCAUCUUCGGCAGUACCUUCUGCGAUCAGCUCUCCAUCAACGAUGGAACGUCAAGGUAGCUAUUGGGAGCAUCAAGUCCAGCACGCACCUACAUCGCGACGUGAAUCCGCUCUUGGUGCUAUAGCUAGUGGUGACGAGGCCGACGCAGAUGAUGAAGGUAAACGCCAGGGCAUCAUGCCUCGCAUUCGUGACUUUGUGCAAAACAACGAGAAUGCUCAAGCUGAAGGAUCGAAAUCUCCUGAGCGUAGGAAGUCGAAGCGCAAGCAUCACAGGAAGCAUCACCACAAGCGCCGUCAUCACCACGACGAGGAGAAAGAGGCCAUGAAGCAGGACGAUGAGAUCGCGCCAGGAGCAAAGGUCAAGGAGCACACCAACGCCGAGCCAAAAGUCGGCUUCGCUGAUGACGUCGAAUUCGUACGCGAACAGAACGAAGCUCAGGAUACAGUGACGCCGGGCCGACUUGCGCUUAACAUGCGCAAUAUCUCCUCGCAUGUCGGACGUCCUGCACUGCCCAAGUACCUCUCAAACACCGUCUUUAGUAGUCCUGCACCACAGCCGGAUGCGCCCAAACCACGUCCAGCUAUGCCUCAACUGUCACGCGCCCGCUCCGAAGCCUUCGGCCUCCGCCGCGCCAGCUCCUUGCCGGACUUCAACAAGCAACGUACCAAUUCACCGAAACCCGGCCCUCUCGCACCCAGCCGCUCUGAUCCUGUCCCACCUUUCCAGGCGCAAGUCGAGAAGAGCCGCACGACUGGACUAUCGGAAGCCAGCAAAGGUGAGGAUGAGGAGGGAGAGGAAAACAUGUCUCGUACCGCCGCAGUCGUCCUGCUCCUCUGCUCUACUGCCUUGGUCGCUGUCUGCGCCGAGUUCAUGGUCGACGCCAUCCCGAACAUGGUUGCCUCCUCGCCCAUCAGUGAAGCAUUCAUCGGUCUCAUCAUCCUUCCCAUCGUCGGUAAUGCAGCCGAGCACGUUACUGCCGUCACCGUCGCCGCGAAGAACAAGAUGGAUCUGGCUAUCGGUGUCGCCAUCGGCUCAAGUAUUCAGAUCGCGCUCUUCGUCACUCCCAUCGUUGUCCUUCUCGGCUGGAUCCUACAUACGGAUAUGAGUCUCUACUUUAAUCUUUUCGAGACGAUCAGUCUGUUCGUCACGGCUUUCGUGGUUAACUUCUUGAUUCUGGAUGGAAGAAGUAAUUACCUGGAGGGCAGUUUGCUCAUUGCUGCGUAUAUUAUUAUCGCACUUGGGGCUUACUUUUACCCUUCAUCGGAUAUUCAGAGUGCCGUCGGUGGUGCUGGAGUGCAAUGA